CUCCUUCUUUUCGAUCUCUCUUUCGUUUAUUUUUUUGCGAACUUUUGCCUUCCCUUUUGGCACAGCGAGGCAGGCAAAAAGCCCCACGGAAAAGUUCUUUUUCGACCGCGUGUUCGUAAAGGGUUUUAGUUCCUGCAUUUGUUUAUCACCUCCUCUCUGUUCUUUGUGUGCUUGUAUUCUUUCUUCAGGCCUUCAUUGUUCAGUUUUGAGUGAUCUAGAUGCUUUCUGGAAUGUUAAACCGGAACCAUUUUCCUUAGAUUUGUGCGAUAGGGUCACUGGAUCGGAUCACUAGGGUGACUUAUUCUUCUGCUGUGUAUUUUUAUCAUGGGUUUUAGAAAGAAAUAUCUUUGGGUUUUGACAGCGGAGUUCCUGUGAUUUCUCAUGAAUGAAUACCAUUUCAUCAUGUAUUCUACUCCCUCCGUUCCCAAAUACUUGUCUUUCUAGGCAUUUCAAAUGGACUCAACAUACGGAUGUAUGUAGACAUAUUUUAAAGUGUAGAUUCAUUCAUUUUGCGCCGUAUGUAGUCACUUGUUGAAAUCUCUAGAAAGACAAGUAUUUAGGAACGGAGGGAGUAGUAGAAAAAUGCCAUUUUAUCAUGCAUGUGUGGAACUUGGUCUACACAGAGCUGUUACUGUCUUACUGAACACUGUAGAUGCUCCUAUCCUGAAACUGUAUUGAAAAUAGCAGAGCACCACUGGGUCACCACUAGAACGAAAAGGCUAGCUGCAACGUGUGCCAGGGCCAAGGUACAUUCGCAAGCGAGUGAUUAGAGCCACCGAGAGUGCAUGGAAUCUAUUAGGCAGAGGAGCACGUCGGUUGGUCUCUCUCAGCCUCUCGGCUGUGCAUUUUAGGACCGUCCACCUGCAUCAGGAACCCAUCACAUUAGCCUGCCUUUCGAUCGGUUCUUUGACCAGGUUCAUGCAAAUGGCAGACCAUUUUUCUUCCGGCGCUACUGCUAGUUGAUUAAGGGAAAUUAAACUAGUAGUUGAUGGAACGAUCGGGUUUCGCGAUGACUAACUGUGCCGAUCUCCAGUCUGAUCCUGUACUUCUGCUGCCGCAGAUCAUGUUCAGACGGUGCAUAGUUAGAGUUAACAACUGCAUUAUUGCGGCCUGCCUAGUCUGUGAGAGGCAGCUUAUUAUAGCUUGCAAUAUGCCAUUAGUAGUGGAACUUGUCCAUAACUACUCCGUUUUAAGGAAUUGUAUUUUUUUUCCUUGUCGACUUGAUCAUUUUUUCCUUUUCUUCUUGAAACAACGGGCGUUCCUAUCUUGUCGAUGUCCAGUAAAGAAGCCUUCCAGCAAAAACCCUGUUACAUUAUCAAUUUCAUGUUGAAUGAAAUUGGGAGCGAUGUUCCUCAAUUCGAUUUUUUUUAAGAAGGUGUCAAAUAGUUCAGUACAGCAGAAAAAGAAAAAACUUGAUCGAUUGACCGCCUUCUAGAGCUACGCCAAAGAUGAGCGUGUAACAUGCAAAAGCAUACGGAAGGGUAAAAUAGCCACAGAAUCCCCCAAUUUUGCUUUUUCAGUGGCCAGUGCUCUUCUGAAUUCUGAAGUUUCUGUUUGGCUUCUGAAGUCAUAGCACAUGCAUUUGGGUAAGCCUAAAUGUCAAAAUUGCACAAGUCUAGCCCCCUUUAUGUCAUAUACUUUCUAUUUUUCAUCGGAGUUUGAUUGCGCAUUAAGCCAACGUGUGCAUGACUCGAUGGUACAGGAAGGGAAUCGUCCCUUUUCAUCAGCUAGAAAAACUGGCAACGUUUCAAAACUGCAACUUGGUGAAGAUUGGAGUAUAUCUUAAUAAGUUACCCUGUUUGGGCACAUCACACACACACAUUUGCUCAGGUCCACUCUGGCCCAUGUAGAGCUGAAAGCCAGUUUCAUUGUUCCUUGUGUCACCUGUCACUGAAACCGUUUGAUUGUUUUCGCAGAAAUGAUUUACAAGUUCAGCAAGUGAUGAGCUGUGAGAAUAACCUAUUCAUUAGGGUAGGCGUUUCCUGCGCUAUGCUGAAUGUGGUGCGAUUUUCGACGCAGAUUCAUAAUUUGCAGCUUAGCUUAUCUCUUGGCCCUCCGAUUAAAAUAUAGGGGUUGACCUUCAUCGCGGCCGCAGCUUCUCUGCAUCUAUAUAUAAUGGACAUUCCCUAGCUUCUGAACAAUCAACACAAAGCAGCAGGCCUUUGGCUGAGUGUCAUCCUUGUACAGACGUAUCCAUCUGCACAUAGGUGCAAGCAACGUCGGCAACAAUGCCAAGAACCGUGUCGGACGGAGGCGAGGACUUUGACGGCGACGUCUCCAGCCAGACGGGGUCGCACCGUUACACAGACAGCAACAGCACCCACCACCACCACCACCAUGGCUACAAGGUCGGGUUCCCGCCGGCGAAGGGCCUCCUCGCGGAGUUCGCAGAUGGGGUGAAGGAGACAUUCUUCGCCGACGAUCCGCUGCGUGAGUACAAGGACCAACCGAGGUCCAAGAAGCUGUGGCUCAGCCUGGUGCACCUCUUCCCGGUGCUGGACUGGGCCAGGAGCUACAGCUUCGGCAAGUUCAAAGGGGACUUCGUCGCCGGCCUCACCAUCGCCAGCCUCUGCAUACCUCAGGACAUCGGUUAUGCCAAGCUUGCUUUCCUGCCGGCACAUGUUGGACUGUACAGUAGCUUCGUUCCGCCUUUGGUAUACGCUAUGAUGGGCAGUUCCAGGGAUAUAGCCAUCGGUCCGGUGGCCGUCGUGUCCCUGUUGCUUGGAACUCUCCUCCAGGAAGAGAUCGAUCCAGUCAAGAGUCCAUAUGAGUACAGCCGGCUGGCCUUCACCGCAACAUUCUUCGCGGGGAUCACUCAGGCGAUGCUUGGAUUCUUCAGGCUAGGGUUUAUCAUAGAGUUCUUGUCUCAUGCAGCCAUCAUUGGUUUCAUGGCGGGUGCUGCCGUAACCAUUGCCCUUCAGCAGCUCAAAGGCUUCCUUGGCAUCAAAAAAUUCACAAAGAAGUCUGAUAUCAUCUCGGUCAUGGAGUCAGUAUGGGGAAAUGUACACCAUGGGUGGAACUAUCAGACGAUAUUGAUUGGCGCAUCCUUCUUGGCGUUUCUUCUAACUACCAAAUACAUCGCCAAGAAGAAUAAGAAGCUCUUCUGGGUUUCUGCAAUCGCCCCGCUCAUUUCAGUUGUCAUAUCCACCUUCUGUGUGUUCAUCACCCAUGCAGACAAGCAGGGCGUUGCAAUUGUCAAGGAUAUAAAGCAAGGCAUCAAUCCACCUUCAUUUCAUCUCAUAUAUUGGUCUGGCCCAUACUUGGCGAAAGGAUUCAGAAUUGGUGUAGUAGCUGGAAUGGUUGCCCUUACGGAAGCAAUCGCAAUUGGAAGAACAUUUGCUGCCAUGAAGGACUACCAAAUAGAUGGGAACAAAGAAAUGGUAGCUCUAGGAACCAUGAACAUUGUUGGCUCAAUGACUUCAUGCUACGUGGCCACAGGUUCUUUCUCGCGAUCAGCAGUAAAUUACAUGGCUGGCUGCAAAACAGCAGUAUCCAAUGUUGUUAUGGCAAUUGUAGUGAUGCUCACACUGUUGUUGAUCACUCCAUUGUUCAAGUACACGCCCAAUGCCAUUCUAGCUUCCAUCAUCAUAAAUGCAGUGGUUAGCCUAGUUGACUAUGAGACGGCGUACCUUAUCUGGAAGGUUGAUAAAAUGGAUUUCGUGGCAUUGCUAGGAGCAUUCUUCGGGGUCGUAUUUGCAUCAGUGGAGUAUGGCUUGCUCAUUGCGGUUGCAAUAUCUCUUGGAAAAAUUCUUCUCCAAGUAACACGGCCGAGAACAGCUUUACUCGGCAACCUCCCAAGAACAACGAUCUACAGGAAUGUUGAACAAUACCCAGAAGCUACCAAGGUGCCCGGGGUUAUGAUUGUCAGAGUGGACUCAGCUAUCUACUUCACAAACUCCAAUUAUGUUAAAGAGAGAAUCCUGAGAUGGCUGAGGGAUGAGGAGGAACAACAGCAGGAACAGAAGUUGUCCAAAACAGAGUUUCUCAUUGUUGAGCUAUCUCCGGUAACUGAUAUCGACACAAGUGGAAUCCAUGCUUUGGAAGAGUUGCUGAAAGCACUUGAAAAGCGCAAAAUUCAGCUGAUCCUCGCCAAUCCCGGGCCGGCAGUAAUCCAGAAGCUGCGGUCAGCGAAAUUCACAGACCUCAUCGGCGACGACAAAAUAUUCCUGUCGGUCAGCGACGCAGUGAAGAAAUUUGCUCCGAAGUCAGCCCUGAACGUCUGAAGAAGACGCGUCGAACGAAGCGAUGUACAGGAGAAGCAGAGAGAUGUGUUGGUGUGAUUUUUAUAGAUCAAGGAAUACAGAAGUACACGGCAUAGUUCGUGCAAAGGUAAAUAAUGGAGGUGUGUGGAGUUGGGGCGCAUCAGGUUCGCAAGAUGUGGUUGGAGAAAAAGGAGAAGAUGGUGGCCUAGUUGGACAUCUGCAUCAUCAGUGUGCGUGCUCGGGGUGUGCGUCGGCGAGCAGUUGGAUGGAGGUUUAUUUGAUGAUCCAUCUUUGGGUUUUUUUGUCCAGUUUUUGGAUCUGUACCACUGUAUUUUGUUAGUGUUUGUACUUCAAGGCUUUAUAAAGAGGUUUUGCAUUUGGCUGA